AUGCCCUUUGUGUCUACGGCGGGGCCCUGGGCCGUGGCAGCCCCCAAUGCCACGGCGACGGCUUGGACCAACAGCAGUGUGCCCGAGACGCCCCUGUUCUACCUGUUCGCCCUCCUGGAUGAGGAGCUGCACACCGCCUUCCCGCGCCUGUGGCUGGCCCUGAUCGCCGUCCACGGUGCCAUCUUUCUGGUGGGGCUGGUGCUCAAUGGGCUGGCGCUGUAUGUCUUCUGUUGUCGCACCCGGGCCAGUUCGCCGUCAGUCACCUACACUAUCAACCUGGUGGUGACCGACCUGCUGGUGGGCCUGUCCCUGCCCACACGCUUCGCGGUCUUCUAUGGGGCGCGAGGCUGCCUGCGCUGCGCCUUCCCACACGUCUUUGGCUACUUCCUCAACAUGCACUGCUCCAUCCUCUUCCUCACCUGCAUCUGCGUGGACCGCUACCUGGCCAUCGUGCAGCCUGAAGGCUCUCGCCGCUGGCGCCAGCCUGCCUGUGCCAGAGCCAUGUGCGCCUUCGUGUGGCUGGCCGCCGGCACCGUGACCCUGUCCGUGCUGGGCGUGACGGCCAGUGGACGGCCCUGCUGCCAUGUCUUUGCAUUGACCGUCCUAGAGUUCCUGCUGCCACUGCUGGUCAUCAGCGUCUUCACGGGCCGUAUCAUGUGCGCACUGUCGCGACCCGGCCUGCUGCGCCAGGGCCGCCAGCGCCGUAUCCGGGCCACACAGCUGCUGCUCACGGUGCUCGUCAUCUUCCUUGUCUGCUUCACACCCUUCCACGCCCGCCAGGUGGCCGUAGCUCUGUGGCCCAGCGUGCCGCAUCACACAAGCCUUGUGGUCUACCAUGUGGCCGUGACGCUCAGCAGCCUCAACAGCUGCAUGGACCCCAUCGUCUACUGCUUUGUCACCAGUGGCUUCCAGGCCACCGUCCGUGGUCUCUUCCGCAGGCAUGGAGCAGAGUUGGAGCCCAGCAGCGGGAAUGUGGUGAGCUUGCAUAAGAGUUCCAAGGGCUCAGGCUCCCAUCGUAUGCUCAGCCCUGGCCCUCACGCCCUCACUCAGGCCCUGACCAAUGGGCCUGAGCCUUAG